AUGAAAUUUGCAGAUAAAUUAAUAUAAUAAUAAAAUCCAUCAGCACAGGUUUAUAAAAUAUUGAAAAUUGGAGAUAAGGACUAUUAGAAAUUAUCUUAAAGAGCAUAAUAAAUUUAGAUGAUGUCUUAGAGAAUGAAAUCAAUAAUCUAAUCUCUAAAAAUGACUGCUGCUAAAGAAAAUGCUAUAAGUUUAUCUUGUCCAUAGAUUGGAUUCAAUUAUUCAAUAUUUGUUGUAUUGAGAACUAUAAAAAGAAAUUAAUGGUGUUACAAUAAUGUAUAAGCUUCUGAUUAUGUGACUUUCAUAAAUCCUUAGAAAUUAAAAGAAAGUAAAUUCACUUAAGUAGAAUGGGAAGAAUGUCCUUCAUUUCCAUAUUUAAUGGGGAAAGUGGAGAGACCAUAUAAAAUUGAAUAUCAAUUCAUUAAUGAACAGUUUAAAUUAAUUAAACAUUCUCUUAGGUAAAAUUAGUUUGUAUUAUAUUAGUGGUUUUGAAGCACGAGUAAUUUAACAUGAGAUGGAUCAUUUAGAAGGAAUUACAUUAGAUAGACCUGAUAGAAUGUUAUUGGAAUCAAAGAGGGAGAGUUUUAAAAGUGAUGAUAUUAAUUUUGAGAGUUUAUAAGAAUAAUUGGCAGAUUUAGAAAUAGCUUCUAUGAAGAUGAAAUUAGAAUAAAUUAAAAAUAAGAAAUGA